AUGAACAAACUUUUAAUAGUUUUUGGCUUGGUAAUUCUUUUUGUCACACCACUUUAUGCAAAACAAUCAAUUGAAGAGGAAGAAGAAGAGAUGAGUGACGAAGAGGAGGAAGAGAAGGAGGAAGAGGAAGAAGAGAAUGGAAAUGAAGAGAAAGAGGAUGAAGAUGAUGAUUAUUAUCAAGAUGAUAGUGAUGAGAAAGAGGAGGAUGAAGAGAAGGAGGAGGAUGAAGACGAGGAUGGUAGUGAAGAGAAAGAGGAUGAAGAUGAUGAUUAUUAUCAAGAUGGUAGUGAUGAGAAAGAGGAGGAUGAAGACGAGGAUGGUAGUGAAGAGAAAGAGGAUGAAGAUGAUGAUUAUCAAGACGACAGUGAUGAGAAAGAGGAGGAUGAAGACGAGGAUGAUAGUGAAGAGAAAGAGGAUGAAGAAGAAGAUAAGGAUGAUAGUGAAGAGAAAGAGGAUGAAGAAGAAGAUAAGGAUGAUAGUGAAGAGAGAGAAGACGAAUAUACUGCCAAAGGGGAAUUCGUUGAAACAGACGGCAAGAAGAAACAAUGUGACUCUCACGUGGCUUGUUAUGAUCAACGUGAACCGCAAGCGUGGUGCAUAUUAAAGAGGAAUCAGUCUUGGACAAACAAAGGUUGUUUCUGCGAUGAAAAGAGACAUUUAUGCGUUAUGGAACGGAUGAACGGCGGUAAAUUGGAAUAUGCGUAUUGCGCGCCUGCAAAGAAUUGGAAGUGUUCGUAUGAUUAA